AUGGGCUCACCACUUUCCCCAGGCGGGACGUAUCUAUUUAAGGCUGCAAUUUCAUUAAUGGACGGUGCUACGGUCGGCUGCGAUCGAAAGAUCUCCACUCCAACCUAA